AUGAAACAGAUGACCUCCACGAUCUCAGGGCAGGCCUUCCCGGUCUCAAGACCCUCCUCGCCGGAUCUGACCAGCCGAAUCGAGCCCUCCGCGUCGCAGACCUUGAGCGUGGGCCUGGUGCAGCACGCGCACCUCGCUCCGAGUGGCCAGGCGGGAUCCGCUCCGGAUCCGCGGAUACGGCAGGAGCUGAGCAAGGUACAGCAGGAGGUCAAGGACCUGGCCAGGACGGUGUCGGAGCUGUCAGGAGCACGGCAUGCCUUUGCUCUGCGGGUAGACCUCGAGGCGCAGGCCAAGACCCAGAGGAACUUGGACCAGCAGCUCCUGGAGACCCGGCUGCAGCUGAAUGAGGAGGUGCGGAGCCUGCAGCGCCACGGCGCGGAGCUGUGCCAAGGCUGCGAGGAGCGGCUCGCAGACCAGCUUGAGCACGAGAAGGCCGCGCUAGUGGCGGGCCUGAGCGAGGCGGGCCUGGCCUUGGCGCAGCUCCAAGAGGGCAGCGAAGCUCAAGCGCGGAGGUUGCAGGAGCAGCUGGAUGCUCAAGGCCGGCAGCUGCAGAGCUUGGCGGAGGGCCUCAAGAACGCGGACAUCGCCAAGAUCAACUAUCAGAUCGAGGAGCUCACCAAAGAUACCGUGAGUCUUUUCGACAGCCUUGCGUCCAAAGCAGAAGGCGAGGAGACACAGCAGCUGAGCGGUGAGGUGGCAAAAGCCCAGGCUCGUCUGGCGGAGGACUGUCGCUGCGGCUGUCGCAAGCCUUGCAGUCCAUUUGGCCGCACCUCGAGAGGAUCGACGAGAAGGAGCGCAAGCUUGAGGCCUGGAGGGAGCAAACCUCGAAGCAGCUGCAGGCGCUGCGGGGUGUCUGCGGUGGGGAGCUGCAGACGCAGCUGGCGCAGAAUGCAGCCCAGGCCAAGGAACUCCGAGAGGACGCGCAGAGUCAGUGCCUGGCGCUGGAGCAGUCGCUGGACCGGCUGA